AUGUCCCGGAUUCCCGAAGAGCCACUCUCAAGUGCGCCACAGCGUGAGCUGGCAGAGCCGGUCUACCACCGGGAGGACGACAGCGCGAAUGGAAGGCCUAACUCUCAGUUGUCCGGCGCCAGAGACCGUCAGGAGGACUGCACUGAGUUUGUCAAGAAGCCGUAUGCGGAGGCAGUCGACAACAGCGCAGUAGAUUCCAUGGACGAGGACGAUCUCGAGGAGGCGUCACUCAAGAAGCAGCGCUCCAAGUUUCGCGUGUGGCUUGAGAAGAUCAUACCGCCGGGCGGUGUCAUCGCGAGCUCCUUCACCCUGGGCAGCUCCACACUUGGUGCCGGUAUUCUCGGUCUGCCGGCCGCGUUCAACAGCAUGGGUCUGGUGACUGCGCUCCUUGUACUGAUUGUCGUGACAGUGCUCACCAUAUACUCAAUGUGGCUGCUAGCGCGGUGCGCUGACGCGACAAGGGUGCGGACUUACGAGGAUGUGGCGCGUUUGCUGCUCGGCCGUGGCGCUGACUAUGCGGCUGCCAUUUUUAUGCUUGGUUUCUGCCUCGGCGGCGCCGUCAGCUACAUUAUUUCCAUCGGUGACUUGCUGACCCCCAUCUUCGACGACCCCAGCGUGCCAGAGUUCCUGCGGAAGAAAAACGGGAACCGCCUCAUCACGUCGAUGGUGUGGCUUGUCUGCAUCCUCCCCCUGUGCUUGCCCAAGAACAUUGACACGCUCCGCCAUAGCUCCAUCAUUGGUGUCAUCAUGGUCGUCUUCUUCGUCAUCUGCAUCGUUCAAGACAGCAGCGCCUUCAUGAGCAAGAACGGCUGGCGCAAGGAUAUAAAGUUCUUCAACACCGGCAACGGCGCCAUUGAGGGCCUUGGUACUGUCAUGUUCGCCUGUCUCGUCCAGAUCAAUGCGCAGGAAGUCUACUAUGAGAUGGCGAAACCGACGCCACGCAAUAUGCUACGUAACAGCACAAUUGCCAUGAGCGGCUGCGGUCUCCUGUACGUCCUCGCUGGCGUAUUCGGGUGCGCGCGUUUUGGCACCACGGUGAAGUCAUCUAUCCUGCUGAAAUACCAGCCGCGUGAGGCACCGCAGUUCUGGGUCGCUUACUGCGGCAUCGUUUUGAAGAUCUGCGUGGCCUUUGCGCUGCACCAGCUGCCGAUGCGUGAUGGCAUAUACCACUUCUUCUCAUGGGAUGUAUAUCGCAUGCCGUGGUGGAGAAACGCUGUCAUUUGCGGCGGUAUCGCGGCUGCCGUGCUGGUCAUUGGCCUUGUAGUACCUGAUAUCAACACUGUCCUCGGUCUUGUUGGCUCCCUCUGCGGGGGUUUUAUCGGCUUCAUCUUCCCAGCUCUCAUGAUCAUGUACGCGGGGAACUGGAGCCUGAAGAAGGUUGGCUGGAUCGAAUGGAGUUUGACCUACAUCCUCCUCUUCGUUGGGAUCAUUGCUGUCGUCUUUGGUACUUCCGCUUCCAUCUACGGGGUUAUCUAA